GCGUCGAUACCCAGCCGGCACACGACCGACCUUCAACGUUGAAAUAUGGUUGAAAUAACGUCAGUUGUUGUUUCAACGUUGAAACAACGUUGAUACAACGUUUAAUGUUAAAUGGUUGAAAAACAACCAGUACAUGACCAACCUUCAACGUUGAAAUUUGGUUGAAAUAAUGUCAGUUGUUGUUUCAACGUUGAAACAACGUUGAUACAACGUUUGAUGUUAAAUGGUUGAAAACAUGACCAACCUUCAACGUUGAAAUAUGGUUGAAAUAAUGCCAGUUGUUUUUUUCAAUGUUGAAACUACGUUGAAAUAAUGUUUAAUGCUAAAUGGUUGAAACAGGGUCAAAAAAACACUUAUAAAUCAACUUUGAUAUUUUUUUUAAGAUCUAUGUUGAAUCAAUUAAUGUAUGUACAGAAUAAAUUAUUUCUUCCUUUUAAAUUAUUAUUAAGAUCAUUAUUAUUAUUAUUUUAUAAUCAUUUUACAUUUUUAUCAUGAACCUUCUAAUAUAAAUAUUACCGGUAUAAAACAAUUCCUAUUGGUUUUAACCUUAUUUGCUUUCAUGAUUAUGAUUGGUUAAUCUUUCUGUCAUUCAUGAAACUGGCCAAUGAAACUGUGCGCGCCUAUUUCAUUUUGAAAAUAUGACCGUUAUCCUGACCGUCUUUCUGAUUGCGAGACUGACCAAGAGAAGAGCACGAUAGAAAGUGAUCUGCGGCCGCGGACCUAAAGCAGUCGGGGCAGUGCUCGGUGGCUCCCUUGCGUCAAUAAAUGAGGUCGGCCAUACACCUGAAGCGAGAUUUCUUCCUCAGUCACGUGUCCAGCGCUCGCUCUGAGCUCUUCAUCAACCUGCGGGAGGUGAGCUCACGCUUUCGUUUGCUGGCCGGAGAGGACAUCGUGUUGUCCACUUUCGAGCCCAGCAAAGAGGGAGACUUCGUGCUCAGAGUUUUCUCAGAGAAACCAGCCAACUCACAGCUGGUGUUUGUGCAACCAUCAGUUCUGAAAACCUUCUGAGAGAAGAUUGUGCAGGAAGUAUUGCUGACAGUAAUCUUGAGAAUCUUGAUCUGGAUGACCAACAGCACAGCAGUGAAAGUGAUGACACUGAAACAGGCUCCUCUUCAGAUGAAAUCAGAGAGUUAUGGAGUGAUUUGGCAAAAUGGGCGGUUCGGAACAAAACAACACGGACAUCUGUAGAUGAGCUCCUUUCUGUGCUGAGACAUUGCCUGCCUAAGGAUGCCAGAACACUUUUUGGGGCUCCUCGCCAUGUUGAUGCACAGAAUUUUGUGGUGGUAUUUCGGUCUUGAGUCUAGGCUUCUGAAAGUAUGUUCACAGUACCCAGAGAAAAUUAUGUUGAGAGAAAGUCAUGUCCUUCUCAAUUUUAACAUUUAUGGUUUGUCAGUGUUACGGUUUAUGUAUUUUUGGUCAAAGACUUAAUCAAGUUUCCUAACGAUAUUUGUAAUUAUUUUUAUAAGCUAUUCUGUGAAUGAUUGCAGUGUGUAUGAAAUUUGAAUGAAAAGCUUUUUCCCUCUGCAGUCUGAAAUCAUUAAACCCUUAAGAAAAUG